AUGUUUUUCAAAAUACUCACAUGGGUUUUUCUAGGUCUUGUUCUUCAAUAUUUGUUCAAAAUUGUGUAAGUGAAUUGAUCCUCGUAUUUCAUUAAAACGAUAUAUCACAGAUUAUUUCUUGAUUUGAAUAAACGUGUAUACAAUCAUCGACCUGGUACAUGUCGAGAAGUUAAAGGUCCAAUCCAUGGAUCGGAAGAUCUAGAAAUUAUCGAAACAAAGAAUAUUGCAUUCAUCACAUCUGGAGUUGUUUAUCUUCCUGAGAAUCCAAACAAUAUUACUUGGAAAGGACAAAUUUUCAAAUAUGAUUUAUCGAACAAGGAUUAUGUAGCUGAACCAGUGAAAGUAGUUGAUUUAGAAGACGAAGAAGGAUUUUAUCCACAUGGAAUUUCUCAUUGGAUUUUAGAAGAUGGAACUAUUCGCCUUUUCCUUGUAACUCACACAAAACAUUUCAGCCACGCAAUUGUGAUUUUGGAUUAUAAUGAAAGUCAAAAUGUUCUUCGACAUGUAAAAACUAUUCGCAACGAGAAAAUUUAUCGGCCAAAUGAUAUUGCAGCAACCGGUGCAAAUAGUUUCUUUGUUUCAAACGAUGGUUCAGCUCAGAAUGCAUUGCUGAGUGUUUUGGAAGUUUUAUCUGGACUUGAUGGAGGAUCAGUCGUGUAUUAUGAUGGAACAAAGACAAAAUACUUGAUUGAGAGAACAAGUGCAAAUGGUAUUAGUAUUUCGAAAGACCUCACAACACUUUUUGUAUCUCACAUAAAUGAAGAAAUUAUCGGAGUCUACACAUGGAAUAAGGACACACUGAAAGAGGUUUCUAAGAUCUCAACUCUUUCGGCAUGUGAUAAUUUCUAUAUUGAUGGGAGAAAUCUGUGGACAGUGAGUUCUUUCUAUUCUCCUUUCGACACCCGAAUGGUUUUUUUCAGGGGUGUCAUCCAGUAUUAAAAGAUGCUGCGGAACAUCUUGCCAACCCGAUUGAUCAUCGUCACAAUGCACCAAGUCAAGUUCUUCUCGCUAAAUUUUCCGAAGAUUUUAAGACUGCCCAAAUUAUCGAACUUCUUGCAGAUGAUGGAAAUUUCAUCUCUGCCAGUUCUAUCGCCGCACCUUUUGAUUUAAACAGACAAUUGCUAAUUGGAACUGUUGGUAGAAAAUUUUAUCAUUGUGAUAUCAAUGUUCCAAUUGAUUUCUAA